GGGAGCAGGCGGUGGCGGCCCUGGGAAGAAAAGAACAUGGCUCCUGCGGCGGGCAGCACCGAGGGCUGCGCAGCGCAUCCGCGCGCCGGUCGCCAGUGACCACGAUGGUGAACUCCAGCCGCGUGCAGCCACAGCAGCCCGGGGACCCGAAGCGACAGCCUCCGCCCCGAGCGCCGGGCCCCGGGCGGCUGUUGGCGGGCGGCUCGGGCCUCGCCGCCCCGGGAGGCCUCCGGGAGCAGCGGGGCCUGGAGAUCGAGAUGGAGCGCAUCCGGCAGGCUGCCGCGCGGGACCCUCCGGCUGGAGCCUCGGCCUCCCCCUCUCCUCCGCUCUCGUCCUGCUCCAGGCAGGCGUGGAGCCGCGAUAACCCGGGCUUCGAGGCGGAGGAGGACGACGACGAAGAGGAGGUGGAAGGGGAAGAAGGGGGAAUGGUGGUGGAGAUGGACGUGGAGUGGCGUCCGGGCAGCCGGAGGUCGGCCGCCUCCUCGACUGUGAGCUCCGUGGGCGCCCGCGGCCGGGGGCUGGGGAGCUACCACGGCGCUGGCCAUCCGAACGGGAGGCGGCGCCGGCGGGAGGACCAGGGUCCGCCGUGCCCUAGCCCGGCGGGCGGCGGGGACCCACUGCAUCGCCACCUUCCCCUGGACGGGCAACCGCCCCGCGUGGCCUGGACUGAGAGGCUGUUUCGAGGGCUUCGAGGUCUCUGGGGAACAAGACUCAUGGAGGAAAGCAGCACUAACCGAGAGAAAUACCUUAAAAGCGUUUUACGGGAACUGGUCACAUACCUCCUUUUCCUCAUAGUCUUGUGCAUCUUGACCUAUGGCAUGAUGAGCUCCAAUGUGUACUACUACACCCGGAUACUGUCGCAGCUCUUCCUAGACACCCCAGUGUCUAAAACAGAGAAAACUAACUUUAAAACUCUUUCUUCAAUGGAGGACUUCUGGAAGUUUGCAGAAGGCCCCUUACUGGAUGGGCUGUACUGGAAGAUGCAGCCCAGCAACCAAACAGAAGCUGACAACCGAAGUUUCAUUUUCUACGAGAACCUGCUGUUAGGAGUUCCACGCAUACGGCAAGUCAAAGUCAGAAAUGGAUCCUGUUCCAUCCCCCAGGACCUGAGAGAGGAAAUUAAAGAGUGCUAUGAUGUUUACUCUGUCAGUAGCGAAGACAGGGCUCCAUUCGGGCCACGAAAUGGAACUGCAUGGAUCUACACAAGUGAAAAAGACUUGAAUGGGAGUAGCUACUGGGGAAUAAUUGCAUCUUAUAGUGGAGCUGGCUAUUACCUGGACUUGUCAAGAACCAGAGAGGAAACUGCUGCCCAGAUUACUAGCCUCAGGAAAAAUGUCUGGUUGGACCGAGGAACCAGGGCAACUUUUAUUGACUUUUCAGUGUACAAUGCCAACAUUAACCUGUUCUGCGUGGUCAGGUUAUUGGUUGAAUUCCCAGCAACAGGUGGUGUGGUUCCCUCUUGGCAAUUUCAACCUGUAAAGCUGAUCCACUACGCCACCACUUUUGAUUUCUUCCUGGCAGCCUGUGAGAUUAUCUUUUGUUUCUUUAUCCUUUAUUAUGUCGUGGAAGAGAUAUUGGAAAUUCGCAUUCACAAGCUACAGUAUUUCAGGAGUUUCUGGAAUUGUCUGGAUGUUGUGAUCAUUGUGCUCUCAGUGAUGGCUAUAGGAAUUAACACGUAUCGAACAUCAAACGUGGAGGGCCUACUCCACUUUCUGGAAGACCAGAAUACUUUCCCCAACUUUGAGCAUCUGGCAUAUUGGCAAAUACAAUUCAACAAUAUAGCUGCUGUCACAGUAUUUUUUGUCUGGAUUAAGCUCUUCAAAUUCAUCAAUUUUAACAGGACCAUGAGCCAACUAUCCACAACUAUGUCUCGGUGUGCCAAAGACCUCUUUGGCUUUGCCAUUAUGUUCUUCAUUAUUUUCUUAGCAUAUGCUCAGUUGGCAUACCUUGUCUUUGGUGCUCAGGUUGAUGACUUCAGUUCUUUCCAAGAAUGUAUCGUCACUCAAUUCCGUAUCAUUUUGGGUGAUAUCAACUUUGCAGAGAUUGAGGAAGCUAAUCGAGUUUUGGGACCACUAUAUUUCACUACCUUUGUGUUCUUUAUGUUCUUCAUUCUUUUGAACAUGUUUCUGGCCAUCAUCAAUGACACCUACUCUGAAGUGAAAUCUGAUUUUGCCCAGCAGAAAGCUGAAAUGGAGCUCUCAGACCUCAUCAGAAAGGGCUACCAUAAAGCUUUGGUCAAACUAAAACUGAAAAAAAAUACUGUGGAUGACAUUUCAGAGAGUCUUCGGCAAGGGGGAGGCAAGUUAAACUUUGAUGAACUUCGACAAGAUCUCAAAGGGAAGGGCCAUACUGAUGCAGAGAUUGAGGCAAUAUUCACCAAGUAUGACCAAGAUGGAGACCAGGAGCUAACUGAACAUGAACACCAGCAGAUGAGAGACGACUUGGAAAAAGAGAGGGAGGAUCUGGACUUGGACCACAGCUCUUUACCACGUCCCAUGAGCAGCCGAAGUUUCCCCAGAAGCCUGGAUGACUCUGAGGAAGAUGACGAUGAAGACAGUGGACAUAGCUCCAGGAGGAGGGGAAGCAUCUCCAGUGGGGUUUCUUAUGAAGAGUUUCAAGUCCUGGUCAGGCGUGUGGACCGCAUGGAGCACUCCAUUGGCAGCAUUGUGUCCAAGAUCGAUGCUGUGAUCGUGAAGCUAGAAACCAUGGAGCGAACCAAAGUGAAGAGACGAGAGGUUCUGGGGAGGCUGCUGGAUGGAGUGGCCGAGGAUGAAAGACUGGGUCGUGAUACCGAAAUCCACAGGGAACAGAUGGAGCGGCUGGUGCGGGAAGAGCUGGAGCGCUGGGAAUCUGAUGACGCAGCUUCCCAGAUAAGUCACGGUCUAGGCACACCUGUGGGACUCAAUGGCCAGCCUCGCCCCAGAGGCUCCCGCCCUUCCUCCUCCCAGUCCACAGAGGGCGCCGAAGGUGGUGGUGGAAAUGGGAGCGCCAAUAUCCACGUAUAAUGGUGUGUUGGUGUGUAGGUCCCUGAUAGGCUAGGAGGUGGCUGUCUCAGUGGCCAUAACCGUACACUAUUUAUAUGCCCUGAUUACCAUAUGUUGCUGGUCUAUGUGACUGAUUGUUUAUCUUCUGCACUUUAACUUAUUUUAUAUAAAUGUUACCCGUGGAUCCAAGGUUUUUGUUUGUUUGUUUGUUUUGUUUUGUUUUUCUCAUAUGAGAAAUCUCGAUGUAAAUACUGAGUUCAGGGAAAAACUUUGAAAAGUAUGUGGACUGGUAUGCCCAGUUGCCAACGGCUGCAUCUUCUCAGUUGACAAUGAAGUAGCCUUUUAAAGCAAGAAGAGAACAAAGGGCUUCUGAGUUGCACUUCCAAUCACAAAAAUCAGUAUUGCCACUUUUGUCCGGUGUGUGAAGGCAAGCUGGGCCUUCCUCUCCACUUGUGAGUAGCUCAUGAGCUCACUGCGUGACUUUCUUUUUAAAUAGGAUUCUUUUUAUUUUUUUUUCCAACUACCUUACUGGAGUGAACUUUUCUAAAAGAUUAAGUAGAAAAGAACUCCAAAUCACAGAAUGGGUAUGUAGUCAUUGUGCUAGAAUUUGUAUGAAUGGUUAAGAUAAAUGUUAAAUACUGUGCUUUUAUUGUUUGUUAAUAUCUAAAAUCUGUGGGACUAUAACUUAAUUCUUUUAUUAUUUUAGUUCUCAAUUUAAAAUAGCCAAUAAAUUCACCAAAGAACAAUUUGAAAAUGAAAUGGUACUUCCAAACUUUGGUUUUAAAAUUUAUUAAACCACCAACAAACUACUUUCAGUUUUAUACUCUCUCAAGAAUAUAGUUCUCAAAUAUUCCUGAUCCAGUACUUCAAAACUACAAUUUAUAAUGUAAAUGAUGUUCAAUUUAAUGAAAAGGAGGCAUUGAUAUUGAAAGUUCAUUCAUUGUCAGAAAGUACCAGUCAAAUUUGAGGUAGGCAGUUGUUUUCAGUAGGAAAGUGUCUCACAAAAUUUAUGGGAGAAAAAUCUUUUUCUCAAUAAAAAUUACAAAUUAUUUUAAAAAUAAUAUUGUGAAAAAUGACCUUUUGAGAGCUAAUGGGACCAGCAAGGGACAAUGUAAUGUUGGCGAGAAACUCUCGGUGGGGUAACAGAACAGAGUCCUCUUCUUGUUGUUGGUUUUUUCAAAUGCUGCCUGUUUAGGUGUUCAUUUCAUUGUUAGAGGAUGUCAGCCAAACCUCUAAUGAAAAGAGGAGCAAAUAGGCCUUUCUGUCUUAGCUUCUGUAGAAACAAAACACACUGAGUGCCGUUAACAGACAUUCCCCAUGGAUUCAUCUAUAUCUUUACUUUGUUUUUAACAUGCUACACCAAGUUAUUCAUUGGUACUAAAGUUUGCAUUCCAGGGGGAUGGAGUGUACGUAUUUAUGUUUGUGUACCUUGUUGUUACAUGUAAACAAACUUCAAUUUGAAGUGCAACUAUUAUGUGGUAUCCAUGUAUAUUGACCAGGUGCCAUAUGUUGAUUAUGGUCACUAGAAACUCUUUUAAUGAUAUUUAUCAUUGUACUGUUUUUCAUUUCACUUGUAAAACAUGGUGAAAUUCUUUUUAUCCCUAAGUUCCAUACACUUUUCUUCUUUAGUCACGGAGCAUUCAGUCCCAGUCCCUUCCCUCUCAUCUUCCCUCCUCUGUAUGACAGGAAUAAUUAUGAUGUUACAUAUGCCAGUUGCAACAAUCCAGAAUUUCAUUAUUGUAUAAUACUGAGCACUUUACUUCUUAAUAAAGUCUUGAUAUAAUAUCAGGUGUAAGAACUGUGUGUUUCCUAUGUAGAAACAGUUGGGUUAUUUGCCUUUUAUCACGAGAUUGUUAAUAAGUGCUAAGACCUUGAAAAAGUCUUUUUCUCUCUUGUUCAAAAACAAGAUAUUUGAUACAUUUUCUUAUUACACUAAAUAAACAUUUCAGAUAACCAUUAAACUUUUAUACACAA